UUUAUAAACAACCCAUAAACCUUCAAAUGAAUCCUUAAAAAAGGUUGAAAUGCUAUAGGAUUGGUCUUCUAGUUUUAUCGUUCAAACAUAUAAAGAUGAGUAUUUUGGAUGCAGAGUUUUCUUAUAAUACCACUUUUUGAAUGCGACGAUGGGGUUGUAUUCUCACAUUUUUGCCUUACCACCACGACUAAAGCUCAAAGAUUGGAUUCUAGUGGAUCGAUGGACGAGACGAAUACAUACAUACAAGGAAGGUUCCAUGGUUUCGCCAUAUGGCUUUUACAAAUCAAUGCCAAGUCAUGGAACGAAUUGUAUACGCUUACGUGAAUCAAUGUGAAGAAAAUUAAACAAACAAUACUAUAUGUUUGUUGGAUACGAUUCUAUUCGCUCUGGCCUUAUGAUCAAAAAUAAUUAUCAUAUCAUUCAUGAAUUGUAAUAUUUUUACGUCUAUAAUCAAUUGAAUCGUAAGAGGAGUAUUUUAUGCCUUCAAAGCUUGGAGGGCUGCCUUGGCUGUAGAAGCGGCACUUUGAGGAUUGACACCGGUCACGACGCGAGAAUCGCUCUGAACGAAAUCAUCAUUGGGAGAAGCAGGAUCGAUAAAUUUAGCACCAGCUUUUCUGAAAGCAUCGUUCAUGGUUUCCAAGUUCUUUUUCUGCAUAAUGUCCAACAUGUUCAUACUCUCUUCCCCGGCUUUGUUAAAGGCUGUAACAUUACGACCUUCGACAAUGGAAGAAGCAUUAUUACGAGUCAAAUCAGAAAUGAAAGGAAGGAUGCAAGGACCAUGACAGACGGCUGCUAUAACACCGCCAUUUUUGUAAAUUUGAGCGGCAAUGGCUUGUAAAUCAAUAGCACCUGGUAGGUCAAAGAGGGCAGCAUGUCCACCAGCAACGAAAUAAAUAUUAUAUUCUGAAUAGUCAACAUCAGCUGCACGCUUCAUAUUUUUUAUGGCGGUCCAGAAUUCGUGGCUCUUAUCAUGAAGGACAUUCUUUACAUGUUCAGGUAAUUUGGACUCAUCGACGGAAUUGUCGUCAAAAUGGCAAGUGCCUUUCUCGGAAGUGAUAUCAACGUCUAAACCUGCUUGGCGGAAAACUUCGUAAGGGGUCAAAAGUUCUGAGAAAUGUACGCCUGUGUUUUUGCCAUCUGGAUAGAUGGGACCAUAAUAACUACUGGCUACUAGCAAAGCUUUUCCUGGCAUGAUGAAUACUAAGAAAACAAAAACAAAUAGCAAUCAAAUGAGGUUUUCAAUAAAAGCGAUGGAGAUUCGUAUGAAUCGAGUCUCUUUAUAUAUUAUAUUUCUCGACUAUAAUGUCACGAAUGACGACUAAGAAUACCUAAUUCAACCGGUAGUUAAGUAACUCCAAGUACUAACGUCAACCGACGUUUCACUUAGUGAAGAAAUCAUAUAAU